ACACAAUUAGAUAGUUUUGAUAGAAGAGGUUAAGAAAUAAAAGAGCCAAACAUAUAUAUUUGGUCACCAUACAGUAUUCAAAGAGUUAGUAGCAGUUAAAUAACUAAAGAUAGAAAAAGGCCCAAAAAAAUGGUAUCGAUAUCCACUCUUACUGGUGCCAAACGGCAGGAUAUAAAGAAUGUACUACUUCUACUUCAAGAGUUUGUUGUUACUUAUAAAGAUAACAAAGUCAAAAUCAAUUAUCAAUCAAGACCAGUCGUACUAUUUUUAGCAACCCUUUAUGCUACGGCGGGAUUUGGGAUAUACUUCACGUUAAGAAAUCUUUUGACUAAAUAUAAUGAAUAUUUACUUAAUAAGAAAAUUAAUAGACCAGCUUUGAUAAGGCAAUCAUCAACAAUCUUAAAGAAUGGAUCUCGAGAAAUCUUUAUUUCUAAGGGGAACAAUAAAGUAUCUAGAAUAAUCAUUCCUAAACCUAACUUAGAUCAAUAUGCUGCAGAUAAAUAUCUUUAUAAGAAUUUCUAUAUUAAUCAACAAAUUAUUCAACAAAGUUCUAAAGGUAUAAUAUUCAAUUCUAAAUUUUUAAAUCAAUUAUCAAUCAUUUGGGGAAUACUUAUACCCAAAUUUUAUUGUAAAAAUACAUCCUUAUUAUUAUCUCAAUGUUUCUUCUUAAUUUUAAGAACUUGGUUAUCAUUAUUAGUAGCCAAAUUAGAUGGUCAAAUUGUUAAAAAUUUGAUUGCAGCUAAUGGGAAAAAGUUUAGUCGUGAUUUAAUUUAUUGGUUAUUAAUUGCAUUUCCUGCUAGUUAUACAAAUGCAGCUAUUAAAUAUUUAGAUAAUCGUUUAAGUCUUGGGUUUAGAACCAAUUUAACUAGAUAUAUCCAUGAUAUGUAUUUGGAUAAAGUUAUGUCUUAUUAUAAGGUUAGUUUAAAUACUGGAGAUCCUAAUGGAUUCCUUGAAAAUAUUGAUCAAUAUAUUACUGAAGAUAUUUCUAAAUUUUGCAAUUCAUUAAGUGGAUUAUUUUCUAGUAUGGGGAAACCAUUCAUUGAUCUAAUAUUUUUUUCAGUAUAUUUAAGAGAUAAUUUAGGAACGGGGGCAAUAAUUGGGAUAUUUACAAAUUAUUUUAUUACAGCAGUAUUAUUGAAGAGAGCCACUCCACCAUUUGGGAAAUUAUCUUCUCAAAGGACUCAUUUAGAAGGCCAAUAUUUUAAUAAACAAUUAAAUUUAAUGAAUAAUUGUGAAGAGAUUGGGUUUUAUAAAGGUUCUUUGAUUGAAAAAACCAAAUUAAACCAUACGUUUAAGAAUUUAAUGAAUCAUGUAAAUAAAGAAAUAAAUAUCUCCUUUAACUAUGGAGUUAUUGAAGAUUAUGUUUUGAAAUAUACUUGGUCCGCUUGGGGUUAUAUUUUUGCAGGAUUACCAGUAUUUUUGGAUGAAAUAUGGCCUAAACAAGAGAAAGAUACCAUAAAUAAAGAAGCACAAAAAGUUGAUGAAAGAAAGAAUAUGAGACAAUUUAUCAUUAAUAAAAGAUUAAUGUUGUCAUUGGCCGAUGCAGGCUCAAGAUUAAUGUAUUCAAUUAAAGAUGUUAAUCAAUUAACAGGGCAUACCGAUAGAGUGUUUAACCUUUUAACUCAAUUACAUAAGGUCCAUUCUCCAAGAUAUGACUUUGGUUCUAAAUAUGGAUAUGGAGAUAUACAUGGAACAAUUCAAAAUAAUUUCAGUGAUGGAAUUAGAUUUGAAAAUUUCCCAGUUAUUAUUCCAAAUGUAAAUGGUGGAGAAAGUACUCCAUUAUUUAAAGAAAUCAGUAUUCAUAUUAAACAAGGUAAGAAUUUAUUAAUUUUAGGACCCAAUGGAUGUGGUAAGACAUCAAUUUCAAGAAUUGUGGCUGGAUUAUGGCCAUUUUAUCGUGGAUUACUUUCAAAACCAAAUGAUGAUGAUAUGUUCUAUUUACCACAAAAGACAUAUUUUACAACCGGUAAUUUAAGAGAUCAAAUUAUUUAUCCUUAUACAUAUAAUGAUAUGUUAGAAAUGGGAUAUAAUGAUGAUUAUUUAUAUCAUAUUUUACGUGAAGUCAAAUUAGAAUAUUUACUUAAAAGAGAAGGGAAUUUCAAUGUUGUUAAAGAUUGGAAGGAUGUAUUUAGUGGAGGUGAAAAGCAAAGAAUGAGUAUUGCUAGAGUAUUGUUUAAACAUCCUAAAUAUGUGAUAUUAGAUGAAAGUACUAAUGCUGUGAGUACUGAUGUUGAAGAUUACUUAUUUGAAUUAUUACAAACUAAGGGAAUUAAUUUUAUUACUAUGAGUCAUAGACCAUUAUUAAUGAAGUAUCAUGAUUUUGUAUUGGAAAUUAAGGAUGAUCGUAGUUGGGAAUUCCAAGAUCUUACAAGUGAAGAGAAUUUGAAAUCUAUUGAUAAAGAGAUUAAAGAGAUUGAAACUAAAUUGGCUCAAGUAGAAGUUUGGGAAAAGAGAAAGCAAGAUAUAGAAUUAUUUUUGGAUGGGAAAUAUAAUGAUAUUAAUGAAGAAAGUAGUAUUGAUAUGGGGGUUGAAUUGUAUAGAAGAGAAGGUAGAACUUCUAUGUCAUCGUAGAAUGUAUACAUAAUUUAUGAGUAUAUAAAAUAUAUGAAAUAUAUGAAUUAUAUUAAAAAUAUAAAAUAUAAAAAUCAUUUUAGCAACCACAUUUCCAGAAGUGGUAAACGCCAGGCAGCAGCAAGUAGUUAAACGCGUCCACAAAAGUUAAAAAAGAAAUUAAAAUUGCCCCGGUGCACGCAAAGGAGUGAGUGCCAUCAAGACGAGAAGUCAAAAAUAUUUUCCUGGACGGAUCAUCAUCUUACUUAAGUAGUU